AUAUUUCCGUCCAGGGCUGAUGUAAGAUAUUGGGACAUUGAGCAGCAGACUUUGUGGAAAAAAUGUCCUACUGUGUCAAAGAGAGAGCUCCCUCAGAUUUUGCAAAGCCUCCAGUGAAUGAACCACGGGAACCAGAACAAUUCCUAAUGCAGGCACCCCCAGGAAAUCCACUGCUGCUUCCCCACACCCUACAAGAGCUAUUGAGCAAGGACAGCGUGCAGGUGGAGCUUAUACCUGAAAAGAAGGGCCUUUUUCUGAAACAUGUGGAAUAUGAAGUUUCCAGCAAGAGAUUCAAAUGCUCAGUCUAUAGGCGGUAUAAUGAUUUUGUGGUGUUCCAUGAGAUGCUUCUGCAGAAGUUCCCAUAUCGUAUGGUGCCAUCACUUCCACCAAAGCGGAUGCUGGGAGCUGAUCGAGAAUUCAUAGAGUCAAGGAGGAGAGCUCUGAAGCGCUUUAUAAACCUGGUGGCUCGACAUCCCCCCUUCUCAGAAGAUGUGCUCUUGAAGCUCUUUCUGUCAUUCAGUGGCUCAGAUGUGCAGAAUAAACUAAGAGAGUUGGUCCAGGGAGUGGGAGAUGAAUUUCUGAUCUGCAGAUUGGCCACCCAGGCCAAGGACUUCCUCCCAGCUGACAUACAGGCCCAAUUUGCUGCCAGCAGGGAGCUCAUCCGGAAUAUUUAUAACAGCUUCUACAAGCUCCGGGACCGUGCAGAGAGGAUAGCAUCUCGAGCCAUUGAUAACGCCUCAGAUCUUCUCAUAUUUGGAAAGGAACUAAGUGCUUUGGGCUCAGACACUACACCGCUUCCUUCCUGGGCUGCUUUGAAUAAUAGCACAUGGGGGACUUUGAAACAGGCCUUGAAGGGUCUGUCUGUCGAAUUUGCACUUCUGGCAGAUAAGGCUGUGCAGCAGGGUAAACAGGAAGAGAAUGAUGUGGUGGAGAAGCUGAACCUUUUCCUGGAUUUACUCCAGUCCUAUAAAGACCUGUGUGAAAGACAUGAGAAGGGGGUACUGCACAAGCACCAGCGAGCGUUGCAUAAGUACAGCAUGAUGAAGAAGCAGAUGAUGAGUGCCACUGUGCAGAACAAAGAACCAGAAUCAGUGGAGCAACUGGAAUCUCGAAUUGUGGAGCAAGAAAAUGCCAUCCUAACCAUGGAGCUUCGGAAUUACUUCUCUUUAUAUUGCCUGCAUCAGGAGACACAGCUCAUCCAUAUCUAUCUGCCUCUCACAUCUCACAUCUUGGGGGCCUUUGUCAAUUCCCAGAUCCAGGGUCACAAAGAGAUGAGUAAAGUUUGGAACGAACUGAAGCCGAAGUUGAGCUGCCUCUUUGUGGGAUCUAGCAAUAUGCCAACUCCACCAUUGUCACCUCCAGAUGGGAACUUCUUUUCCAAUUAAUACUCCGAGCAACUACCAUGAGCAAGAAGUGCAAUCAAGGGAGGGGUUGGACCUCUACCUCCAGAUGUUAGAAUGAAUCCUCCAAACAGCUUUUUUUUUUUCUUUUUAAAUACUGCUGCUUUGAGCUGCUCUCUGAUUUAGACAGACUGGAUGUGGGGCAGAACAUACAGAUAAAAGACACUCUUUAUUUUGGAAUGCUCUAGGGCAGAGCUGAGUUUUGUUAUCUUGCAGACAGACUUUGUGGGGUCAGGAUGUGGCAUGGUGCAGUAGGUGCUGCAGUGUUACUGCCGAUGUCUCUGCAUUUUGUACUAAGUGUCCAGGCUCACUAACCUGGUUGGGUGCAGGACAGCACUGCUGUAGCACAGCAGUUUUCCCAUGGAGGCUCAGCACAGUGUGUGUCAGUGUCGAUUCAGUUCAUAGUUGCAGGGCAGCCUGGAGACUUGCUUGUCUGAUUCAGUCUGGGGCCUAAGAUGUCUGCGCUGAGAAACCUAGAGGAGUUUUCCUGGCAUAAAUGGGAAUGUAAUUGAAUGAGAUGCUCCUUAACUGUAAUCCUUUCGUGUUAUCCAAGCUGAACAGCUACAGCAGAGCAUGUUUAAUUCUCCUGGAGGUUCUGACAUCCACCUGCUGAGUCACUGUUUAGGACUGUGGGAGAGCUGUGAGCCCAUGGCAGCCUGUCCUCUGGUCCAGUACGAAAUGAAGGAUCCUGUCACGCUGGUAGGCUGGGACACAGUGAUGAUAAAAUGGAUUAGCAGAGAUCAGUAUUUAUUGGGUAUUUCUGCAGUUGUCUUCUCCAGCUCUGGGUAGCACUGCAGUGUGUGGAGAGAAGGCAAUGUCAGUGACAGUUCUUUCUCUCUAGAAAUAGCACAACCCUCAGUAAUGGGGCGUUCAGGAUGAUACCUGAUAGCGAUAAAGGGACUAAUUAUUCUCAGUGUCUCACUUUGUAUCUCCAGUGACUUUCCCUCUUGAGGCAAAUGGUAGAGGAAGAGAACUUGUGUGUCAUGUUACUGUAGGGGGAAUUCUAGAGAAAGUGAUAAGUGAACAAACUGUAAAUGUAUACAACAAAACUCAACGUGAUCAGGGCUCCCCCGAACUUAUCUUCUGUGGGACCAAGUGAGCUGCCAAAGGGGAGCUUGAUGCUUGGCUGCUUAGUGUUCUCUUUUGGUAGAAAGGAAGCACAUUAUCAAGGGUGAGCGCUCACUGUUAAACUGGAACUGUUACAGUAUUUUCCCUUUUGGGGAACUUCCUCAGUAGCAGGAAAUAGAUUUAAAUCUUCACAUCACAAAAGGCUUUUGUGUGUGUGUAUGUAUCUUUUAUUUAGAAAAUGAAAUGCAACAUGAAAUUUUCCUCAAUCAGGUAGAAAUUAUGGGUUAGAUUCUUCAAGAGCAAAAUAAUAAGCUAUUUGCCCAGUCUCGUACCCUCAUUUCCCCCCUAGUAUGAGGGAAAGUGCACUUUCUGUGGGUGAAGUUCAGGGGUGCUGGGCCUCGAGGAGUGUGUAGGGUGUCUUGUUUAACGACCUUGUUCAGAAUACACUAUAAAGAGCUUUUUAUAGCAAUUGAAAUGUUAACUCUCUUCUGAGUCCUUCCUCCUAUGUAGUAGCCCUGGUUCACUAACUGCAAACAGCUGUGACAGAUCUCUCCCAAUGAUUUCCAAAGUGAUGUAGAAGAGAUUUUGUGUGUGAACCAGAGCGAAGCCAGUUGGUGAGGGAAAAGUUUCUACAGUAAAAUAGCAAAUAAGGCAUCAUCUCAAGAAUGGCACAGAAGGGGCGUGCAGGGUUUGUUUGUUUGGGUUCUUUUCCCUCUCCCUUGCUGGAGCUUGUCAUGACUGGAAACACAGCAAGUGUUAAAAAAAACAUUUAACCAUCUUCUUAAAUGCUCUUCGUACCUGCUGCCUUCAGAUGAUGCUGGCUCGUUACAGACAGGGACUUGUUUAGUCUUAGUACCCAUCCUCCUUUGUUAAGCUUUGAAGCGGUGAGCAGUCAAAUAGAGAAAAUGCUGUAUGUGCCAGAGGAAGAUCUGGUCUGAGUGGGCUGUGCCCCGUGAGCUUGUACUUGGCAAUGAAACCUCGCGCUUCUCAGUUAGGGGGGAGGAAAAGUGUAGUUUCUGAUUUAAAAAAAACAAUAGAAAAAGCCCACAAAAAGAAUGGAGUUUGCUGUUUGUCCAAGCAAGAAUCCUCUAAUUGAGGUGUACAGAGUGCUGUCCGUAUGCACAGGCUGCACAACCUCUAAAGAAACUGGAAUUAGCUUAUUUGAGAAAACACUCCAUAUUACAUUGGCAGCUGUUGCCUCUUUCAGGACAGUGGUUUGGGGGCAGGAUUUUCUUGUUUUGCUGUUGUUGGGAUUUUUUUUGGUUGUUUUUUUACUUUCUUCACCCUGUAUUUUGAAAACAAAAGGCUGGUAUCCUCAAAGCUGAUACAGCUUAUGGCACUCUGAGUUCAUUUCAUUCUGAACUAUCAAGCUCCUGUCCAGAGUUUCAUACAACCCUUCAUUUUCAAACCUUCACUUUGGGAAACUGACCAGUGUGCCAACAGCAGCGUCAUAUUUCCUUCAGUAGCUGAGGGAUUUCUUUAUUGUUUUGGUCCUGCUGAGAGGUGUCAGACCAUGUUCUUGCUCUAGAGGAAUGCAGCAGGGAAUCAACUGAGUUGUCUUCAGUUCUCUAUCUACCUUAGUUAUAAUGUACAGGGGACAGAACCAGCUGCCGCUGUGCUACUGUCUGCUGCAGCAAACUUUGACCAUCUACAAGAGUGAGAACAGGACUUCAGGUGUUGGUUCCAUUGAUGUAGCCGAGUAGAUUGCGAUAAGCGCUGAGCAAACAAUAAAACUAACUGAAGAGCAUGUGCUGCCUAUCAAAGUACUGCUGCUCCUGUAAGAUGUUACACCAAAGAGUUAACGUGCCUUCUUGAAUGGAAGCUGUGUAGUGUUGGAGCUGAGGGUGACUCUUGUGUUUAAAAUAACAAUGACAAAAAAGGCCUCCAGUCUUUUUGUCUGUGUCUCAAAUAUCAUGGAGGUAUCAGGGCAGUAAACAGCAGGGACCUGGAAAAAUGCCUUAUCAGAAGGGCUAUGUUUUUGUCACUCCUAAGGUCACCUCUGUUCUAAGCUGCGACUGGCACUACACAGGAUUUUGACCAAUAUUGUAUGUUGAAAAGCCUUUCAACUGACGAGAUCUACAAUACAACCUUGAUCUUUGCUUCUCUUCUUCCCCUCUUCUUUGAAAGCUGCUCUUUGUAAUGUUUCCAACAGUGCCUUGCUGCAUUCCCAUGCUUUUACGCUUCUAUUCUGAUCACACGGGGUGCAGUUCCUGGCAUUUUUAACAGACUAAUUCACGGUCUCCAUUUCCUGCUACUCCUAGAAGACAAACUAGUAGCUGGGGAUGUGAGCGGUCUCCCCACCGGCAGCACAAGCAAUAGUCACUACUCUGUCAUGAGCAAAAACAGUGCUGGUGAAAGCAUCUUCAGAGAAGGAUUGAACUGACAGUAGAACAGAGGAUAAUAAAUGCAAGUACAGACCUGAGCUGUGCUUGUUCUUUUCUUACCCACAUUCCCAGAGCAAGAGAAAGCAAUCUGUUCACUCCUGAUUUGUGGUUUCCACCAGGAAAUAAAUUGGGAUAACAGAAGAGGUGUGGCAGCUGCCACCAUGCAGUAAGGCUUCACAUCCCAUUACUAACAGCCUAAACUUUGUGCUUGCUUUCUCUCCCUUCCUUGCCUCAAGCCAUUCUCUGAAACAGAACAGCCAGAAACACAUACUGCAUGUCAGAACCACAGCUGUGUAUCAAAAGCUUUGAGGAUAAGUCAUUAUGCAGCAAAAAGGAAAAAAUAAGAGGUUAAGAUAAAUAGCUCUUUAAGUUUGAGCUGUGGCUGAUGGAGCAGGUGGUGGAGGACAUUUUUUGUGUUGCAUGGGUGACUCAGAACUGCAGGGAAGGGAUGAGAAGAAACCAUCUUGUUCAGAGGGUAUGAACUCUGCCUGCCUGGAAUGUCCUGCACCUUUGCUUUGCUCAGAUAGCCUUAUGUAUGAAGCACUUUACCCCAAUGCAGGAAUUAAAGACCCAUUACUACAGCUGGUAGACUGGAAAUGUUUACAGAUCCGCUCUGACAUUCCAAGAUUCUGUUACAUGUUUGUAAAAAUGUUUAAAGAAACCACACGACCUUCUAUAAAGUUCCCUAUGUGCCAUUUC